AUGCAGAAUCCUUCACAGCCACCUCCAUCUGGAACUGCUGCAGAUGCAUUCUCUCAGAUGCCUGUAAAGGUGCUGCCAACGGCAGGUGCCCAGCCAACUCCUCCUCCUAUUCACACUGGCCAUGCAACUACUGGCACACAACAACAACAAAUGCCUCCUCAACAAUCUACUGCAGUCCAGCAAACUCCUCCACCACCUCAAUCAGUGGUGCAAGUAAACUCCCCACAGCCAGGCUCAUACCAAUAUCCACCUCAGCAACAACAAGGACAACCAGGUGGUGGACAAUACCCACCCCAGGGUGCUGUCAACUCGCCACCUCCAGGCGGCUACCCACCUCCAGGACAACAGAUGGCUAAACCUCCUGGCGGCGCAUAUCCUCCAGGCUACCCACCUGGAUCCGUCAACUCACCACCUCCAGGCGGCUACCCACCUCCAGGACAACAGAUGGCCAAGCCACCCGGCCAAUAUCCACCCGGCGUACCUCCAACUGGUUACCCACCCAAUGGUGGACCUCCAGGUGGCUACCCACCUAACGCCGGACCUCCAGGCGGCUAUCCACCUCCAGGACAACAGAUGAUGGGCAAACCACCCGCUGGCCAAUAUCCACCAGGUGCUCCACAACAAGGUGGCCAAUACCCACCAGGUGCUCCCCAACAAGGUGGCCAAUAUCCACCACAGGGAGGUGCCUAUCCACCACAAGGAGGUGCGUACCCACCACAAGGUAUGCAGCAACAACAACAGAUGGUUGGUGGCGGUGCGAUGAUGGCUGUAGCCAAGCCACCAGCUGGAUAUCCAGGAUUGCCCUCUGGUCAACUACCAAGUGUGUUGCCAGGAGCCCAUCCUACUGGCCAGCCAAUCCAAGCUAUAUAUGCUCCAGGAUCGGCCACCUACCAAUCAAUGGGCAUGGGAAUGGGAAUGCAACAACAAAUGGCCUACCCACCACAACCCGUUGCCUAUCCUCCACAGCCGGUGGUCUACCCACCAUCCGCCACCGCUGCCUACGGCUACGCUGGCUACCAAACCGCAAGCUACGCAGUUGGCGUUGCACCCACGAUGAUGGUUGGACGUCCUCAAUACAGCUACUCCACUGGAUACAUUCGUGGAGGUGCCGUCAUUGUCCCAAUCGGUCUGCCGGCCCAUCUCGUCGAGAGAUACAUGCAAGCCAGCGCUGCCUUUAGGUACUUUGACACCAACUACAGUGGUACACUGAGUAAGAAGGAGUUUAAGAGAUGUUUGAAGUAUCUGGGCUACUACUUCACCAAGGGAUUGGCCAGGAAUCUGUUCUACCAAAUCGAUAGGAACUACUCUGGAUCGAUCGACGAAAGAGAGUUCUGCGAGUGGUGGUGUCAUCAUGUUCCAACUGGUUCACAUUUGGCAGUUGGAAUGCAACUUGGAACAUACUACUAA